AUGCACGCUCCCACCUUUAGCCAUGUCUUUGUGGCCGCUAUUCUUGCCGCCACUGGUGUCCAGUCCCUCAGCACUGGUGCGCCAGCAAACCAGCUUGCCAGGCGCAUGGCCCCCGUCGUUGCCCUGGUUAUGCCAGCUUUUGCUAUGACCACGGCUGUCGAGGAGCGCGAGGCUAAAGAGCCAGUUGCCGUGGAGGCCCGCCACCAUCGCGGCAAGAAGACCAACGCUGCCGGCGGCGGUAAGAACAACGCUGGCGGUCUUGCUGGCCUCUUUGGUGGAGCCGGCAAGAAAAAUAACAACAACAACAACAAGCGUGAUGAAUUUGAUGUCGCCGACUACGCCGCGCUUGAGGCUCGACACCAUCGUGGCAAGAAGACCAACGCUGCCGGCGGCGGUAAGAACAACGCUGGCGGUCUAGCCGGCCUGUUUGGAGCCGGCAAGAAGAACAACAACAACAAGCGUGAUGAGGUUGAUGUCGUCGACUACGCCGCGCUUGAGGCUCGACACCAUCGUGGCAAGAAGACCAACGCUGCCGGCGGCGGUAAGAACAACGCUGGCGGCCUUGCUGGCCUCUUUGGAGCCGGCAAGAAAAAUAACAACAACAACAACAAGCGCGGCGACGUUGAUAGCGAGCACAUCGAGCUCGUAUCUCGCCACCACCGUGGCAAGAAAACCAACGCUGCUGCCGGCGGUAAGAAAAACGCUGGUGGUCUUGCUGGCCUCUUUGGUGGAGCUGGCAAGAAGAACAACAAGCGGGCCGUCGCCUUCGCGGGCUAG